AUGGCGGGACAAGAGGCUAGGAGUGACGUCCGCCAGCGCAAAAAGGAAACUAAUGCCAUCCACCCAAAAAACACAACAGCAAUAGCCAAGCAGACAUCAACGGAUGAUGAGGCCGAGUUUGAGUUCGGGGGUGUGUUGGGUGCGUGUGUUAUAAUUAUUGGAUCCCCAUUGAUCAUGUACUAUAUGUAUAUCGGGGCGACGUUUUACGACGGCAAAUUUCCCACUCGAGAAGAGGGCCAAAGCUUCUCAGAGUUCCUCGUGCACCUAGUGGAUCUGGCAUACACUCAUGCUUUCCCGCAUCGGAGAGCCUGGAUAAUAUAUUGGACAAUGAUGGUGCUCGAAGGCGCUGGUUAUCUUCUGCUCCCCGGUGUAUAUGGCAAGGGAAAGCGACUGGCCCACGUGGGCGGCAAGCAGCUUGACUACUACUGCUCAGCUCUAUGGGCAUGGUACCUGACAAUUGCCGUGGCUGUGGGAUUGCAUGUAUCCGGUGUCUUUAAGUUAUAUACGCUCAUCGACGAAUUCGGACCCUUGAUGAGCGUGGCGAUCUGCUCUGGGCUUCUGUGCUCCUUUGUAGCGUAUUUCUCGGCCAUUGUGAGAGGUGUACAACAUCGCAUGACUGGGUCCGCUAUCUAUGACUUCUUUAUGGGCGCGGAGCUUAAUCCGCGUAUGUUUGGAUUGUUGGAUAUCAAAAUGUUCCUCGAAGUCCGUAUCCCGUGGUAUUUGCUCUUCCUUUUUACACUGGGGGCGGCCUUUAGACAGUUUGAACAGCUCGGUUAUGUUUCUGGGGAGGUCUGCUUCCUCCUCAUGGCGCAUUUCCUUUACGCCAAUGCAUGCGCAAAGGCAGAAGAACUCAUCAUCACCAGCUGGGACAUGUACUAUGAGAAACUUGGCUUCCUCCUUAUCUUCUGGAAUAUGGCCGGUGUACCAAUGACAUACUGCCACUGCACCCUAUACCUGGAUAGGAACCAUCCGUCGACUUAUCAUUGGAGCCCUUGGGCGUUGGCAUUCCUUUACGUUUCGUAUGUCUUUGCUUAUUGGGUGUGGGAUACAAGUAAUAGUCAGAAGAAUAUGUUCCGGGCGCAGGAACAUGGUUUCAUGGUGGAUCGCAAAACAUUCCCACAGCUCCCCUGGAAAGUCGCUAAAAACCCGGAAUGUAUCCGCACCGAAACAGGAGAUUCUAUUUUGUGCAGUGGAUGGUUCGGACUGGCGCGCAAGGUGCAUUACACAUGUGACUUUUAUUUUGCCGGUUGCUGGGGCUUAAUCACCGGGUUUACAUCGCCUUUCCCCUGGUUCUAUCCAGUAUUUUUUACCGUGAUGAUAAUCCAUCGGGCUCGAAGGGAUAUCCAUCGCUGCCGGAUAAAGUAUGGUGCAGCUUGGGAAGAGUAUGAACGCAGAGUUCCAUAUCUUUUCAUUCCGUAUGUCAUCUGA